GAUCGGUACCCGAAUCCAUUCAUUCACUGCACUGCACUGCACUGCACUGCACUGCAAUAGAAGAAAUUUCCACCCCGUCAACAACCCCUUCACCCCCUCUCCCCUCCCUCCCCCAAUCAUUGAACAUGCCAAACAAAGUUUAAAUCGACCAGGGAAAAUUCGAAGGACUGAAUCGCCCGUUUCAUUUACUUUCAUUCUUCUUUCGUCUAGACUUUAUUGUUGAUUGACACAGGAUACCACAUAUUUCAAGGCUUAGGCUUUGGCUUUGGCUCUGGCUCUGGCUCUAGUUUUGGCUUUAUUUUAUUUUAUGUUGCAUGUGCCUCUCUAUCCAAGUCCCUGCACCCUUUUACCACUCACAACGAUACCUACCUACCUACACCUGCACUUGCACUCACACUCACACUCACACCUGCACCCACCCCUCUGCAUCGAACCUGGCGCACCUGUUGUCGGCAAUCACACUCCCGAAGACAGGUAUCCGGGUCCCAAUCAUUGGAUCAAUCAAAAAAGUUUAAAAAAGUUGAGAAGAUGUGAUAGAGUGCCAGAUCUAGGAUAUAAAAGCCGGCCAAGAAGCAUUGAGAAAGACAGCCAGACAGCCAGACAGACAACGUACAACUUGUUGAGAAGGGCACAUUGAGAAGCUGAUUUUAGCCAAGAGUGGAAAGAAGCUCAAAGAGAGCAUAAAGGUUUUAGAAAGUACAAGAGCAAAAGGUAAGAUAAAAAAAAUGUUUAUAUUUCUUUGAACUUUGUCUAUUUGGAUCAUCAACACCGCCCCCUCCCGAUACAAAGUAUCAACCGUCACCAGAAGAAGCUACACACCUACACCUACACCUACACAUACGUCCCUCUCUACCUCUCUGCCUCUCUACCUCUCUACCUCUCUACCUACUUACUCUCGCUUAUCCUUUGAGAAUCUCAUGUCUUUUAUACUUUUCUUCUUAUAAAAUUCAACAUUCGAAACCCUCAGAAUUGCAAUACAUACAUACAUGCUACACAUUACAUAUUACAUACUACAUACCACAUACAUACUCAUUAUUAGUACCUGAUAUCUUGCUUGACUUUCCAACAAGUUGUCAUAUACUGAUAAUUCACUACUCUACUACCUCUUGUAUAAUUCAUCUCAUCUCAUCUCAUCUCAUCAGUCUUCUCCCCCUUCGAGUUCUAGCUCUACGUCUAGUCUAGCUCUACCUCAUUCAGAGUUCUACUUCGAGUUCUAUCACCACUGCCCACAGAUUAUUCACUCUUUUUCGUCUUCCUCUUCCUCUUCCUCUUCCUCGUCCCCUCUCUCUUCCCCUUUCCAUUUCCAUUCACACUCCUCUUCCCUUCGCACCCUCACUUCAUGGUUCAAAAACACAAAGUAGGUAUUCAGUAUUUAAGUUAGUACACGAAACUAUUUAAAGCAUUUUUUGAGUGAAGAUUCCCCACCAUCAUCUCCGCCACCAUCACUUUAUUUACAACUCCACAGUCACAUCUACUAUUUGUUGAAGCCCAUCCAUCCCUCUCCUUCUAAACUCGACAACUGCAUUUGUUGGUUACACCGCAAAUCGCAGAUGAAUUACUUGAACUCGAACUCCUCGCGCUGAUCAUUCCUCUUUAAUUCCUUUUUAGGUAUCAGGUCCAAUUUCAAUCGUUUUAUACCUCGGUAUCGCCACACAGCCAGCCACAGCUACUUUGACAUCGCGCUCCCUCGACAUACAAACUCCCCCCAGAAAUUUACAGCUCGCCCCAAUCGAAAGGGUCAUGAGCCGUCUACGAUCGCUUUUAAAUCCGGUAUACUGAUGAGGGAAGGAAGGAAGGAAGGGGAAGUCUUUCAAACAUAAUAUAACUUGUAAUGGCGGGUGUCGAUGAAUACUUGAGCGCAAGCUCCAGUAUGUACUCCAAUGGAAACGGUACUUAUACCACAGCGACAAUAUUGAAUCUCACGCACUUCAAUUAUCCAUGGGUUCUUCUCGUCGUCUUUCUUAUAUCAUUCAUCACACACAGCAUUCUAACUGCGGAAUCUACCGACGAAACUGGACCGAUGCUCACAGGUCCUGGGGGAAAACCUUUACCGCGCUCUGCUAGGAGGACAAAACAAGAUAAGGAUAAGCUCAAACUGCAGGAUUUCACUCCUGUUCAGAAGCUAUUAUUUCUUUGGCUUUCAGCUGGUGUUCUAGUAACGUUUCUCGGGAAUGCGAUCAACAUCGUAGUACACGCUCUUGACAAACGGGAGAAUGGUUGGUGGUGUGGCGAAGCAACUGCUAUAUACGUCUGCGCCUCUCUUUUUUUCUAUAGUGUCUUUCUCAUUUCCUUGGUCGACACAACACCAUCUCCUUCGAUUGCACACCAGGUUACAUGGUUAGUUGCGCUGGCCGGUGAGAUUGUGCUUCUUACCGCUUCAUUGUCUCUAUACACCUCAGCUCACCGGGAACUCAACUCGCUUUUCAAGUUCGAUCUGGACUUUCACAAAUACGCAACUCAAUGGGAAAUUGUUGAGCUGGUACUCGAUGCAAUUCGGGUAGUUCUACUUUUCUUCUGUGUAGCUUUCUAUUGCAUAUUCACUUUGGAACGUUCAAUUAAAGACAAAAGUAGAAGCCGGCAGAGCAGCAGUGAGCCUGAUGAGAAUAGUCCUCUUCUUUUCAAUGGCCGAGCGAAUGGAAACGGCCAUGUCUCUGGGAAUGGCUCAAUUGCAAAUGCGUCCGCUGCAGACUCCUUAUCGUUGAAUGGACAUGCGACUGCGAAUGGUUCUGCAGCACAGGGCGUUGACAUUCAAGGAAGACCGAUUGGUCAGCAGCGUGUGGACGAAGUGCCUGCGUUUUAUAAACCCACAACAGCUACAACGAAAACGUGGUGGGAGUAUUUGAAGGGAUACUCACUCUUCUUUCCAUACCUCUGGCCAGCUAGAUCCGUUCGCUUGCAAAUAGUAGUAGUUGUUUGCUUCCUUCUUGUCGUCAUGCAGCGAAUAGUCAACAUCGCGGUUCCUUUGCAAGUCGGAAGGGUCACUGACGCGCUCACUGGCGAUGAUGAUCAAGAGGUUACGAUGCCAUGGUUGUCCAUUUCUCUUCUCAUUGCUUUCAAGUUUCUUCAGGGAUCUUCUGGAAUCCUAGGGGCUGCUAGAUCGGUUCUGUGGAUUCCAAUUUCUCAGUAUUCAUACAAGGCCUUGACCACAGCCUCAUUUGAGCACGUUCAUGGUCUGAGUUUAGAUUUCCACCUUGGAAAGCGCACUGGAGAAGUCCUAUCAGCACUUAGUAAGGGUAACGCCAUCAAUAAUUUUCUGGAGCAAGUGACCUUUCAGGUUCUUCCAAUGAUAUUCGAUCUCGGAGUUGCUAUCGGUUAUUUCGCAUACGCCUUUGACGCAUACUACGCUCUCGUGGUUAGCAUCAUCACCUUUUCUUAUCUUUAUCUUACCAUUCGGAUGGCAAGAUGGCGAUCAGAUCAACGUCGGCAAAUGCAGAACCUCAGCCGCGAGGAGGAUGCUGUCAAGAAUGAUUCCUUGACGUCCUAUGAGACUGUUAAAUACUUCAAUGCUGAAACUUAUGAAUUUGAUCGUUACCGACAAGCGGUUUCGGCAUUUCAAAAGAUGGAAUUCAAAGUGACCAUUUCUUUGAAUAUCCUCAACAUUAGUCAAAACUUGGUCUUCAUGGCUGGACUUCUUGUAACUUCCUUUAUCGCUGCAUACCAAGUCACAACUGGUAAACGUCAAGUGGGACAGUUUGUGACUCUCAUCACCUAUAUGGGCCAACUUCAACAGCCUCUGAAUUUCUUUGGUUCUUUCUAUCGCGGGGUCCAGAGCGCUAUGAUUAGUGGCGAACGUCUCCUUGAACUAUUCAAAGAAGAGCCGACUGUUAUUGAUGAGCCAAGUGCGAAGCCACUGCCAGCAUGUGAGGGCCGAAUCGACUUCAAUCACGUUAAAUUCUCUUAUGAUACCCGUAAGCCUGCACUGGAGGACCUGAGUUUUACUUGCAAACCAGGCACCACUACAGCAUUUGUUGGAGAGUCUGGAGGAGGAAAAUCCACCGUCUUCCGGCUACUCUUUCGAUUUUACAAUACCCAGAAUGGUAGUAUUCAACUAGAUGGUCACGACAUUAAAGAUGUCACCAUAGACUCGCUAAGACAUCACAUUGGUGUUGUACCACAGGACACAAUUCUUUUUAAUGAGACUCUCAUGUAUAACCUUCGGUAUGCCAACCAAGACGCGACGGACGAAGAUAUCUACAAUGCCUGUCGAGCUGCUUCGAUUCAUGACAAGAUACUUGCAUUUCCGGAUGGUUACGAUACGAAGGUUGGUGAGCGAGGUCUUCGUCUUAGUGGUGGUGAGAAGCAACGCGUAGCCAUCGCACGAACAAUUAUCAAAAAUCCUCGAAUCAUCAUGCUUGAUGAAGCUACUGCUGCAUUAGACUCUGAUACUGAACAACACAUUCAAGAAGCAUUAAAGACCUUGUCCGAGGGCCGUACCAUGCUAGUCAUUGCCCAUCGAUUGUCCACUAUCACAAAUGCAGAUCAAAUUUUGGUUCUUCAUGCUGGACAAGUUGCUGAAGCUGGAACUCAUAGUGAGCUAUUACUCAAGAAAGGUCGAUAUGCGCAGAUGUGGAAGAAGCAAAUCAGAGCCGAACGAGCAGCUGAGAAGGCAUCCGAGAUGGUAGCUAGGGCCAGAGCUCUCAGUGAAGCAGCUUCCAUUCAGACUCCCGCCAGUCACUCUAGCAAGAUCAAAGGUGGAAAUAUGGACGUGAGCGAAUACGAGACAGAUCACCACAGUGAUAUAAAUCUUGGCACUAAAGUGGAAGCGACAAGAGCUCUUGCUCGUACUGCGGAGAGCCGAAUCAAUGAUGAUAGUUCUAGUUCUAAAUCUAGUUCUAGUUCAGACAUAGAUGGCCCCAAAUCAGAUGAGGAAAAGCAAACAGGAAACGACAAAUUUGACGGAAGUAAGAGUGCCGACAAAAGUGGCGGUUCGAGACCACCCUCAAGGACAUAAAACAAUCAAUCGACA